AUCCAUCAUCAUCAUCAUCAGUAACAACAACAAGCGCGUUGGGAAUUUUCGUCGGCGGCCCUUAUUUUUGGGCUUAAUUCUGGGCACACGGGGCCGGCUGCUACUUCACGAUGGAAGGCAAGCGGAAGGCUGAGUUCAUGGCGGUGGCGGUGCAGGCCAAGAAGCCGAGGAGUGACGUGGUGGUCCAUGCGGGGGAGAAGGGCGUCGUGCAGAGUGGUGGACCACCUCGCACCAGCGGCCUCAUGGGACCCAUCAUGCAGCUGUCCGGGCACCAAGGAGACGUGUUGGGGGGCAAGUUCCACCCUGAGGGAGAAGUGCUGGUAACGGCCGGCAUGGACAGACAGAUAUUCUUCUGGAAGGUGUAUGGGGAGUGUGACAACUUUGCGGUGCUGCCGGGACACACUAACGCCGUGACGGACCUCCACUUCUCCACCGACGGCACAUCACUCUACACAGCCUCAGCGGACAAGACGGUCAUGUGCUGGGACACUGUUACGGGAACCAGGGUCAAGAAACUGAAAGGCCACAGCAGCUUUGUAAACUGCGUGCACAGUGCGCGACGUGGCCCGUGCCUGGUGGUGAGCGGCGGCGAUGACUGCACGGUGCUCAUCUGGGACGUGAGGAAGAAGAGGCCGGCCACAACACUGCAGAACACUUUCCAGGUGACGGCUGUGACGUUUAAUGACACAUCUGAACAGGUCAUCUCAGGCGGUAUUGACAAUGACAUGAAGGUGUGGGACCUGCGGAAGAACGGUCUGCUGUACCGCAUGCGUGGCCACAACGACACAGUGACGGGGCUCAGUCUGUCUCCCGAUGGCUCCUAUGUGCUGUCCAACGCCAUGGAUAACACCGUCAGGAUCUGGGAUGUGCGGCCGUUUGCACCCCAAGAACGAUGUGUCAAGAUCUUCCAGGGACACCAACACAACUUUGAGAAUAUCUUGCUGCGGUGCUCCUGGUCGCCUGAUGGCCGGCGAGUGGCAGCCGGCUCAUCAGACAGACACGCCUACGUCUGGGACACAACCUCGCGACACAUCCUGUACAAGUUGCCAGGACACAAUGGCUCUGUCAAUGCUGUUGAGUUCCACCCCAAGGAGCCAAUAGUGAUGUCAGUGUCCAAUGACAAACAGAUCUUCCUGGGAGAGAUUGAAUGAGCAGGGGAGGGGAGCCAUAGAGGUACUACAGGUAACAGGCGUCUGUGUGUGUGUGUGUGUUUGUAAUCUUAACCUGUCUCUUUCUUUUUAUGAUAAUUGAGACUGACUGAUUAAAAGAAACCAAAAUAAAAUGCUGGAAUAAAUGCUGAUUUUUUGGGACAAUCCAAGAAGCUAGAAAUAGGUUAUCAAUUUUCUUUCAGAGGUGUUUUUUUGUUUUUUUGUUUUGUUUUUUACAGUAGAGGAAACAGUUCAAGGGCAAAAAAAGGAAACAAUAAUGAAAAAAAAGCCCUCUACUCACUGCUCCUGUUGAUACUCACUUCUUGAAAGUGUUUAAGACAUACGUAGGAGGGAGGGAACACGGACAAAAGUAUUAGGACUUCCCCGGUUUACUAGUGAAAGAGAUGAAAGAGUGAAGAUAAUAUUAAAUUCUUGUAUUAGGAAGUUUCUUUUGUGAGUGUCUUGAUAAUCCUUGUGAAAGUUGAAGACAUAGAAAGGAGCAUAUGCAAUAAAAGGAAAGUAUGCUGUUCCAGAGUGUACAAGGAGAAGGGAUGAAGAUUAUAUUGUACUCUUGGAUUAGGAAGCUCUUUUGCAUUGUCUUGGUACUCCUCAUGAAAGCCAGAGACAUAAGGAGGAAGUACAGUAUGAAUGGGAAGGAGGUUACAGAAUUUACCAGUGAAAGGGGUGAAUGAGCAGAUAAUAAGAGUUGACUUGUAUAGGUUGUGUGCUCAACUCAUCAAGUCCAAGUUCAGGGCCGAGUUGGAGGGAAAACAAACCUUGCUUCUUCUUUUGAUCUGUUCCGCGUUGGCGCUACAAGAGAGACUUUGUGCCGAAAUGCCAUCCAGUUGUGCAGUGCUGGGGUGCCGCAAUAAAGCGAACAAGUUCCCCGACAA